AAUGGUGACGAUACUAUGUCCACAUCCUCUCUCUCUCUCUCUCUCUGUAUUCCAUGGAAUCUUCUGGCUGCUUUUUGAUGGUUCUCUUGUACCAAAAGUAACGAAUUGAACUCCCGAUUUUCCUCCGCGCGCUCUGGUUUUUCAACGCAUAGCUUCAUCCAAAUUCAUAGUCUUAUUCAAGAGGAGCAGAGGAACGAAUUCGACUGGAUGGAGUUCGAGGCAGAGAUUGAUCGCUUGCCGAUUGACCUUCUGGCUCAUAUUUUUGCGAUGAUCAAGUCCUUCACUGAUUUGGCCCAGGCCAGCGGCGUGUGCAGGAAAUGGAAGGAGGGAGUCAAACUGUCUCUAGGUAGCAGGGAGAGUUUGAGCUUUGCUGGUUGGAAGAUGGAUGAUGACUCCACUGCUCGCCUCAUUCGCCAUGCCUACAGUCUUCGAGAGCUCGACAUCUCAAGAAGCCGCUGGGGUUGCCAAAUAACUGACGCUGGAUUGUGCAAAAUUUCUCUUGCAAAGUGCAUUCCCAACCUCACGUCCGUUUCGCUAUGGGGUAUGGCGGGGAUCACUGACAAGGGCGUUGUGCAGCUGAUUUCCCGAGCGAAUUCCUUGCUAAACCUGAACAUCGGCGGUACCUUUGUUACGGAUAUCUCCCUAUUUGCAAUAGCAGAUAACUGUCCAAAUUUAAAGACCAUUGUCCUCUGGAGCUGUCGCCAUGUAACAGAGAGCGGGCUUCUUGUUCUCGUAAGCAAAUGUCGCAAACUCCAGUCAAUAAACGUUUGGGGAAUGAGGGUUCCUGUAGACUGCUUCAUUGGUUUGGUUGCUAUAAGUCCAGCACUCCAAAUAAAAUCAAGAGGCCUGCUUCUGAAUUCUAGGUGGCCUGUUGUGUGAGACAAUGCUCAAAUCUACKCAUCCUGUAAAGCUUCUUUUGUAUGUAAGUUUCUAUCUUUGUAAUUACAUCUCAUUCCACUAAAAUAUGGAUUUGUCAUUGUUCCUCCAAUAAGCUGUAUUAUAGCAGUUACAGUUCAUUUAUAAAACUGCAUUCUCCUGGUGUAAAUAUAAAGGUAUGUAAGAACAAGCUUGUUUAUUUUUGGAAUAGAUAUCAUUUUAUUGCCA